AUGUCUUUGGGUGGGGUCAUUCCGAAAACGGAUGGAAACAUAGAUAUGCUUAGACCAUUCAAAAAUUUGAGUGAUAAAUUGAUAUUAGAGCCAUUUCGUGCGAAUCAGUUAUUGAAAGAGGCAAUAGCGGCAAGCAUAACAUUUGCACGUUACUAUCUGCCAGGAUGUGAUAAAUCAAAAAAGAAUCAGAAUUGUCAUUGCCCACAAGAUACAUGUAAAAAUGCGGGCGUUUGUGUUGUACAAGCUACGCCUGAUGGACAAGAUGAUAACGAUGACUACAUAACGUUUAAAUGUCACUGUCCAACUGGAUAUACCGGACGUUUUUGCGGAAGAAAAGAAUCAACUGUGGUUGAAAUAACACCGAUAACACCCAUUAUUGAUCAAAACACAUCCGAUUCAACUAAUCAUACAGUAUUUAAUUACGAAGUUCCCAUUACUCUUCCUGAUGGUGAAGUUGAUAGUGCAAGUUUAUCGAAUAUAACUAAAGCGAUUCGCAGUCAAAAUCGAAGCUUACAUGCUAACUUGACGGUUGUUAAGGUAGAGAUUCUCGGAGCCCAUAGUGGCCGACAAAAACGAAGCUCUGCUGCCAAAAUCAUGCGUGUUUAUCUUGAAUGUGAUCCCAAGUGUGAUGACACCAUUGCUUCAUCAUUGUCGAAAAAAGUUGAUGUUUCUAUCAGAGUUAGUGGUAUUACUCACAAAUUAACAUUGGAUCUGCCUCAAAUAUAUAAGCCUUCCAUAAGUGUGACUCUACCUGUGGUGCCCACGGCAAAUCAUUUACUUAUUGACUCAACACAUAGUGAACUCAUUCACGAAACUUCUCAACCAACAACAACUGUUAUUUUUACUACCGCCCAAACAACAACCUUUCAUUCAGUUACUCAUUCACCAUCUACAAUGUCAUCGAUUUAUUCAUCUGCAACAUCUGGUAUAACAACAACGUCUACAGCCGACACAACAAUAAAUCUCGCACCAUUAAAGUCUUAUAUCUUGUUAACAUAUAAUGUUACAAAUACUCUUAAUAACAGUACAAUUGAUAAAGCAAGUCAUGCAAAUAUAACAAAACCGCUUCGGGACAAAAUUGUCGAUGUCAACUUUACGAUUGUGAACGCUUAUAUUUGCUCAGUAAAAAUCGGUACAAAACAGCUAGUAAUUGGAACUGUAACAGUCCUAGUGGUGGGUGCACAAGGGCAACAAUAUAUAUCUACUGUUAAUACCGAAGAUGAUAUAGUUAAAUUGUUUCAGUCUCUAUUUAAACAUUUUAAACAAAUAAGUAUUUUAUAUUUAUGGUCAACAAACGGUUCUGAUGAUAAAAAACAAACUAAAUUAUUUGAACAACAAGGCUUUCCUUGUACUAUGUUAAUGACUAUUAUUAAAGUAAUCAAACAAGAACAACGUGGUGAUCCUCAUAUACUUAUUUUCACUAAAAAUGUUCAACAUGUAACAAUUGAACAACAAAUUGAACUAAUGCAAUCAUCUCUAAUCGGUUUUCGACGAACAGCAUUAAAGGAAUAUAAAACAAAUUAUUUAAAAUUAAUUGAUUUAAAUUUUUCAUCUACCUUGCCACUCAACAAAUUUACUGAAUAUAAUUUAUAA